AUGCAUGAAUUGCUCCUAUUUGCCUCGGUCCCUUUGCACCAGCACCAUGAGCUUCUUCAGCAGUUGGCCGGCUUAACGGCCAUGCAACCACGCCACUGUCUAGAGAGGCGCCUAGUCUUCAAGGCCUAUCGAAAACCCGGGGUGUUCAGUCUGCGUACUGGCGCCAGUCAGGAUGUGCAACCUGUGGAGAUGCAGCGGCUAAACAAGAUGCUCAACGGAAACAUUUUCUACACCCAAUUAGCCGGACCAGUGUCGGAAGGAGACUUUGGUUCAACGAGCCCAUCGCCCGAGGACCAGCACCAGGACCAGGAUAUCUCCAUGACUGGCAUGGGGGAAGGAAACCAAGUGGAUCACGAUGGCCGUUACGAUUACGAUUACGACCGUCAGCCCUGGAGACUGGAGUUUAGAGACACUCCCGAAGCGGCGACUCGGUCAGCUGUCACCUCGCGCCUUAUGUCCAGUGCUAGCCUGCCGCGUGGGGACGUCAUGGCCCCAAUGAACGCCUGGGGUUACAGCUUUGUUACGGAGUACGUUGUCGAGGGCGACAUUUUUGUCUACGACGACAUUGUUCUGUUCUUGCACCGUGUCUUACAAUACCCUUCUAGCCAGGCGGAACACUCGCAGCCGCGGCGCCAGCUACCAUCGUUGGAGCAAAUGGCCCCGCUGGAUAAGAGUGGAAGCUAUGUCCUACAGGCUGCUAUCACCGUCCAGGACGGCGGCAAUCAGGAGACGAUGGAGACUGCUUCUCAACACCUGCUGGGACUUAGAGAGCGGCUCAGAACUGCUGUACGCCUUGAACCAGCAGACAGAUUGUCCCUUGACUCCCGGGCAAAGUAG